UUCAUCAUUUAAAACUAAGUCAAAAUUUUAUCGUAGGUAAUAUUUAACCCUUUCAUUUUUAGUAUUUUUUGACAUCUGAGUUCGAUAUCUUACAGUCAGUCAUUGUAAACUGAAUUACGAUUACUGACAAUUACUGAGAUCUUACAGUCAGUUACUGAAAACAAUACACGCAUAAUUUCUAUCACCAGUUAUUCUUUUAAUUGUUGCAUUCUAAAAUGUUAUUAAAAAUGAUGUCCCGACUUAUUAUUAUAUUCCUACCAUCAGUAUGGAUGAUGCACUUGAGAUCCAAUGUUACGCCCCUAAAUGUUGAUGUUAAAUCUAACACAGAUGAUGUUCAAGAUAUUGCACAGAAUGACAUUCCUAUUCUGGAGAAGAUACUCGAAAAUGAUGCUCAUUUGAUGAAAUCAGUUGUAAUAAGUCAUGCCUCUAUGCCAGAUUAUCAAGUCAUAUAUCCUGACAAUACCAAGCAAGAAAAUAUGAGAAAGAAGCCUGGGAAAGAAUAUGAGCGGAUGAUAAAAACGAAAAAACUAACUGAAGCCGCUCGUUUGUGCAUAUCUAAAAAUCAAGACACUUUAUUUCAGUGCAUGGAUAAUACAAACGAGAGUUAUGCUUGCCUGCACCCACUUACUGAUGAAAUAGGGGAAUGUGGAAAUAAUGGUGCACAUAAUAGACCAAUAUCUUUGUGCAUCAUAAAGGGACAAUGGAGCCUUGUUGCAUCAUGCAAAAAUUUCUCAACAGAUAUCUGUCCAGAUCUAUCAACAAAUUUCAAUCAUGGGAAAACCGAGAAUGAGUGCUUUCUCGAAAACAAUAACAUUUGUAACAGUAACUGCACUUUCGGAAUCAUUCACAAGUUCAAAAGACCUGAACUUCGAAUUUCUACUUCAAACAACUCCGUGACACGUUUUGAAAGAGAUACCGAAUACGUAGGAAAUAAUACAAAAAGAGUGACUUGUAUUAAGUGCCAACUAGACAUCAGACUUGAUAUCGAAGAAGUUGCACCAGGUGUGGCCCCGAAAAUUAAGAUAUCUGUGAAAGAAACGAAACUGAAUGUAUCUCAGGAACAUUUCGAUUACGAGUUGAGAGAAAAUUGAAUUUUCUAUUCAAAUGUGGCAGUAUGCAUGAUACACAAGCCAGUAAUUAUUGUCAGAUAAAAUAAAAACAAGUUCUAGUUCAAGUAUCCAUGUAACAACAUGUAUAAUUACUUAAAAUAAAAUCAUUUUAUUGAA